UCCAUUCUUGAAUACAGCUGUAGGCUUUAUUUAUCCUUGUUUAUUUGUCAUUUUCGGUGUUAUUUUGGUGUUUAUUUUGCUAUUUAUCUUGGUUUUUUGUGUACCAGAAGCAUCAACAUGGCAGAACGGUAUGUUUUGCCUCCUCGUUGGUUAAAAUGUCCUCGUAGAAGUGAUCUAAUUGCAGAUAAAUUUGUUGCGAUUAAAACUCCAUUAGAUGAUAAUUAUAAAGAUUUGAUGAACCCUGGCCAGUUUUGGACACCAGAAAUGGCAUUACGGAGCUUUAAAACUGACAAUGUUAAUAUUGGUCUAUGGAUUGAUUUAACCAAUACAUCUCGUUUUUAUAAUAAAGAGAUUAUAGAGAAAAAGGACGUUAAAUAUGUUAAAAUUCAAUGUAGAGGGCACGGCGAAUGUCCAUCUCCUGAACAGACUAGAACAUUUGUUAAUAUAUGUAGUAAUUUUUUCUCAAGCCAACCAAUGAAAAAGAUUCUUGUUCACUGUACUCAUGGGUUCAAUAGGACUGGUUUUCUUGUUUGUGCAUAUUUAGUGGAAAGACAAGAUUGGUCCAUCGAAGCUAGUGUCAAUGAAUUUUCAAAGUGUCGUAAACCCGGAAUCUAUAAAGGAGACUAUUUAAAAGAACUUUUUGACAAAUAUGGUGAUGUUGAAGAUACCCCUGAUCCUCCUCAACUUCCUAGUUGGUGUUAUGACGAAGAAGACGCUGAUGAUGAUGUAGUCAAUAAUGGUAAUACUGGGUCAAGUAGUGGAUCUAGUAGACGUGAUUCAAUUAAAUCUAAUGCAACUUUCAUGGAGGGUAUUAGUGGUGUUUCUCCCGCUGAUCCAAAAAUAUGGCAUGAGAUCCAAAGAAAAUGUAAAGAUAUGUGUGAAUGGCAUGGUUCAAAUUUCCCUGGUAGCCAGCCAGUCUCAUUAGAUUUCAAAAAUAUCCAUUUACUUAAACAAAAAAAUUAUUUAGUCAGUUGGAAAGCUGAUGGAACCCGCUAUAUGAUGUUAAUAGAUGGUGAAGAUAGAAUAUAUUUCAUCGAUAGAGAUAAUGCUGUUUUUCAAGCCAGAGGGAUCCGUUUUCCUAAACGUAAAGAUCUUAACGGUCAUCUUUCCAAUACUCUAUUAGAUGGUGAAAUGAUUAUUGAUGAACAUCAAGGUCAGAAAACUCCUAGAUACCUAAUUUAUGAUAUUAUUAGAUUUGAAAAUCAAGAAGUUGGUAAAAUGAAAUUUGACGUUCGUCUUGUUUGCAUUAAACGAGAAAUUAUAAACCCACGAGAAGAAGCCAAGCGUGCUGGAAUUAUUGAUAGAGCUAGAGAACCUUUUGGUAUUCGUCAAAAGGAGUUCUGGCCAAUCCACUCUACCAAAGCACUUUUUGGAGCCUCAUUUACUCAACAACUUUCUCAUGAAAUAGACGGUUUAAUAUUCCAACCUCUCGAAGAUCCGUAUAGAGCUGGCCAGUGUCCAGAAAGUUUAAAAUGGAAACCAGAGACUCAUAAUUCUAUCGACUUCAAAGCACAGAUCUAUACUGUCACAAAAGUUGCUCAAUUGACAGAAAAGUAUUUAAAUCUCUAUGUUGGUAGAUGUACUGAGCCAUUUAGUCAAAUGAAAUAUUCAAAAGAAUUUAAAGAUUUAAAUGGUAAAAUUAUCGAAUGUACAUGGGAUUAUGAUAAAAAAACUUGGAAAUUUAUGCGCGUGAGAACAGAUAAAUCUUUUCCUAACUCUCUGGAUACCGCUAAUGCAGUUAUGGAGACAAUACUUAGACCAAUAUCAAAAGAUGCUUUAUUGAAUUUCAUUGAAACUAUUCCACAUCAUCAAAAAUCUACUCAAAAGCGUCCCUAUCCAUCUAAUGAUCGCAAUUUAAUGCCACCUCCACCCUCUUCAGACGUUGAUCGGGAACAUAAAAAAAGAAGAGUUUCAUAAGUUCUGAAUUAUAUUCUGUUUCCCUAUCCUUUCUUUCAUUUCACUCCUCCAGCCAUGUACCUUUUAAACCUCGUUCUUUCUUUCAGCUAUCUUCCCAACAAAACGAUCCAUCGUUAAUUUAUCAACCACCAAAACCACAAAAGAUAAUAAAUCUCUUUUUCAAAAAAAUA